GGGAAAUAUCUAGUAGUCAAUAUUUCCUAUCGACUUCAUCAAUAUCUAAGCGCGCUCAAGCUAGCCAUUCCUGUUAGCAAAGCCAGACAUCAAAAAUCAACAUAAACCACCUUGCCCAGGCACAAGCAUGUCAACUGCAACAGAUCAGCAAAACCUGCCACAGGAAGGUGCACGCUACCCGACUAAGUAUCGCCGCAACAUUCCUAGGUCAAAGAAUGGCUGCUUGACAUGCCGCGCUAAACGGAAGAAGUGUGACGAACGCAGACCAUGUUGCACGUCUUGUGUCCGCACCAGACGGGAGUGCACAUGGCCUGCUUCUGCAGAAGAUAUCGCCAACAAGAGUACCAAAGACAUCCUCCUAAACCAAACACCGUCAAUGAGUGAAACCUCUGAAAGCAACCGGUCUUCCCAGCAGCAAACAACGCUACCUAGUCGACCUAGAACAACAGUUCUGACGACGGCAUCUAUCCCGGAAGUACUUGAGACCUCACCGUCUUUGCGCGCAUCUCUCACUUUCGGUACUCUUUCAAACUUAAGCAGCAGUUCAAGGCCGCUGUAUGAUCAAUACCUCGAUAUGACCGCUGAGCUACUGGCUCGUGGUCCUAGUGCAGAUGGUAACCCGUUUAUCAACUACGUGCUACCUCUAGCAGCUUCCGAUAGCCUCGUGAUGGACUGCGUUCUCGCUAUCGGAGGGGCACAUAUGGCCGUUUUAGAGCCUGAACGCCCGCAGUUGGAAGUCAUGACUCGAAGGCAUUAUGCCCGGCUGCUGGAAGGACUACGAAAAGCACUCUGUGACGAUACGGCGUGUCCAUUUGGCGAACGCGAUGAGGACAAAAAGCUCUACACGCUUCUGAUUCUCAUUAUGCUAUGCAUUUUCGAAGGGGUCCAGGGCGAUAAUUCGGGGGCCGUCUAUCAUCAUAUUCGAGCUAGCCGUCAUUACGUGACGGAAUUGGCAGCUGAGGCCUACAAGCCGUCAGCUUCAAAGAAGACUGAGCAUAUCCGUGGCUUUCUCCUGGAGAUAUACGCCAUGUUCGCUCUGAAGCUAUCAGUCACGCCACGAGGCUUGCAAGAAGAGAACCCCGUGACGCUGGAUCCUUUCCUUGGCUCUCUGGAAUUUCUGAGCCAGUUCAAGUCGCGAGGAUUCAUGCUAGGUUUCGGCCAUGGACUCUUUGCCAUGAUACCAGAUGUCUCAAACCUUCUUGAGAAGCGUAGGAAAGAGGAACUGAGUGGAUCCAUGUCCGAUGGUCUCUUCCAAUCUUACAAGUCAUUCCUGAAGAAGCUAGACUCAUUGGAUGCCUCAUCCGACAUUCUAAGAGACGAAGACGCAUGCCCGUCCUACCAACAAUCAACAGCCGUCGCCAUUUACCGCACAGCUCUAAUUCUCAUCCUCCAUUCUGCCUUUCACGAAGAUAUGUAUAAGAACGCGGAACUCCUUGCUGAGAUUGAAUCUCGGAUAGACAAGAUAUUGCCUCUGUGCUGGGCCGAUGAUGCUGUGGCCGGGGUCGAUCUUGGCAUCAUGUUGUAA